AUGAAGGUGUUAUUAGCCAAAGAAAAUCGUAAAACAAUAAGUGGUCCUAUUCUCAUAAUUUGUUUUACUAAUCACGCUCUUGAUAAAUUUUUGGAGCAUUUACUUGAUGAAAAUAUAAAAAAUAUAGUAAGAUUAGGUGCUGGAACACAAUCUGAAAAGAUUAAAGAUUUUAAUUUAGAAGUUCUUAGUGAAAAUCGUGCUCAUAAUAAGAAAAUACCUUACUCAAUGGCAGUAUUGAAUCGUGAAUUAAAAUCUAUUGAAGAUGCUGUUAAUGAUAUGACGCUUUAUAGAAGUUGGAUGACAUGGGAUGAUAUACAAGAAUAUUUGAUGAUUAAAGAAAACAGUUUUUAUGAAAAAUUUAUUUGCGUGACUAGCGAUGAUUUACCUAUUGUAAGUAAAAAUUCAUUUUUAGAAUAUGGAGAGAGCUAUGACGAAUUACAAAUUGAUUAUGAGACAACGCAAUGGAUUGAAAAUUACAAUGAACCAAAAUCAGAUCGUCCUUUAUCAUUGUUAUUAAAUGAUUAUUCAAUCUGGCAAAUGUCAAGAUCAGAAAGACAAAGACUUCACGAUUACUGGCGUACAAAGGUCCAUAAAGAGUUUGUAGAAAAAUUAUCAAAAUUACAAAAAAGAUAUGAGGAAAAACGUAAAGAAAUGAAUAAUAUUUAUGAUUCAGCAAGUCGUCAAAUACUCUUAGAAAGCGAUGUUAUUGGUGCGACAACAAAUGAGGUGGCAAGAUAUCAAGACUUAAUUAGAUCAAUUAAGCCUGAAAUAAUUAUUUGUGAGGAAGCUGGACAAAUUUUGGAAGCCCAUGUUCUUGGUGCACUAACUCCGUCAACUCAACAUUUAAUAUUAAUUGGGGAUCACAACCAACUCCGACCUCGUAUUUCAACUUUUUCUCUUGGUAUGGACUCAAAGACAGGAAGAAAUUAUCAAUUAGAUAAAUCAUUAUUUGAAAGAUUAGUUAACAGUGAUAGAACCAGUAAGGUUGAGAAAACUCAACUUUUAACUCAGAGACGUAUGAGAAAGGGGGAGAUCUCUGACCUAAUUAGAUACACACUUUAUCCCAAUUUAAUUGAUGGUGAAAAUACUGCUAAAUAUUCUAAUAUACGUGGGGCUCAACAUAACGUGUAUUUUAUCGAUCAUAGGCAUCCAGAAGAUAAGUCUGAUAGUGAUUUGGCAAUACAAUCUUAUGUGAAUACAUAUGAAGUAAAAAUGGUGGUAGAGAUGGUAAAAUACUUUGUUAGAAAUGGAUAUACUAAGCCAGAAGAUAUAACUGCUUUAGCUAAAUCAUUCGUUGUUAUCAUUGAUGAAAGAGAUGCACAGGAUAUUAUUGAAAUGGAAGAGGAACAAAAAGAAAAUGAUAAUGAUAAGAAAGGAAAAGAUAAUAUUGUUAAAAGUACAAAUGCUGCUACAACAAAAUCAUUAAAUCAUCAAGUAACUUUAAGAACAAUUGAUAAUUUUCAAGGUGAAGAAGCGAAUAUAGUUAUUGUCUCGUUAGUUCGCAAUGUUUCUAAAUCUGGUGAUUAUGAUUCUAUCGGAUUCCUCAAAAGUUCAAAUAGAAGUAAUGUUUUAUUAUCACGUGCUCGUGAAGGAAUGUAUCUCAUUGGUAAUUCUGAAUUGAUGGCAACGAAAUCUGAAGAUAUAUGGAAUCCUGUAAUUAAAAUGUUAAAAACACGAAACCCUCCACAAAUUGGUUUUGGUAUGCCAAUUGUAUGUGAUCAACAUCCUGAUUACAAGAAUAUUAUUACUGAACCUGAACAAUUUAAACAAUUUAGUCCAGAUGGAGGAUGCCAUAAAAAAUGUCAAGUUAUGCUUAAUUGUGGACAUGAAUGUACUUAUAAAUGUCAUUCUGACGAUCCUAAACAUAUUGAAAUCAAAUGUUUUCAGCCUUGUCGAAAACCACAACCAGUUUGUGGUCAUACAUGUCCAAAACCAUGCUUUGAAACUUGUGGAAGGUGUGAAUAUCCUAUUAGCAAAGUUAAAUUACCUUGUGAUCAUGAGAUACAAAAUGGUAGAUGUUGGCAAAAUCAAGAUAAAGAAAGACUCUAUUGUAUUGAAUUGGUUACAAAAAAAUUACUAAACUGCGAACACUAUAAAGAAAUUCAAUGUUCUGAGUCCGUUGAGAAUGUUAAGUGUAGGGAUAAAUGCAAAAAACUAUUGAAAUGCGGACAUGAGUGUUUAAAUGAGUGUUCUGAAUGUCAAAAAAAUUCUAUAUUGCCUGAAAAUUCUAAAAAUGAAAGCAAAGUCGAAAAUAGAAAUGAACUUGAACGAAACCAGCAUGGAGAAUGUAAGCAUAUAUGUGAAAGAUUAUUAUUUUGUGGACAUAUAUGUAAACAAUAUUGUCAUAUGCAUGAAGAAAAUGAUUGUCCACCAUGUGAGAAUAAAUGUACUGUAUCAUGUGAACAUGCAACAUGCAAUAAAAAUUGCGCUGAACCUUGUGAUGUAUGUGCAGAGAAAUGCUUAUGGAAAUGUGAGCAUCAAGGAAAAUGUGAGUUAAGCUGUGGCGCACCUUGUUAUAGACUACCUUGUAAUGAAAGAUGUGACAAGAAAUUGAAAUGUGGACACGGAUGUGCUGGAAUUUGCGGUGAAACUUGUCCUUCAGAAAAUUUUUGUGUCAACUGUGCUUCUGAGAAGGUUAAGGAUCAGGUACCAGAUGUAAUAAUGGGUACUAAGUUUAGUGAGAUAGACUGGAAUGAAGAAAGAAUGAUUGUUCUAUCUUGUGGUCAUGUUUAUACCAUGGAAACAAUGGACAUGCUUGUGAAAAUGGAAGAAUAUUAUGAAGGUUCAACUAACGGAGGAUGGACAUCAAUUAAAGCACUUCCAACCUCAUCAAAGAAUAUAAUAAAAUGUCCAGCAUGUAGAGCGCCAGUUAAAAAUAUCAGGAGGUAUGGGAGAAUAAUCAACAAAUACACUUUGGAUAUACAAAACAUAAAAUUUCUAAAAAAAUAUAGUGAUGAACAUAAUGAAAUCACUAAGCAAGUUAUUAUACACGAAGAAGAAAUGAGAAAUGGAAGAAUUCAAUUAAUAAAUAAUUUGUAUGGCUCAAUGUUAAAGGAAGUAGCAACAUUUGAAAAUCAUAAUACUGUGAAUAAAAAAUCAUCUGAAGUCACACCUUAUGAUUAUUUUGAAAAUAUUGAAAGGUAUCAUGGGUUUAGUAAAGCUAUCAACAAAAUUUGGGUUAAUCAUGUUAAAAUUUUAUUAAGCUGCUAUCAGAAAUUAACUUCAAUUAUUCAUAACACAAAAAUGGCGCCAUAUAAAAAAGUCGAAGCCGCCGUUUCGAGUUUGUAA